UUACAGCCCUCUUCUUAAAUCUUCCGGCAAUGGGGUUUUUCCAUCUUUCCGUAAUCGAAAGCUUUCCGUGGUCGCCAUUCCCAAAUUAUGUGUCUCGUGUUCUUCCGAUGCUUCUUGCUCCACUCAGAUGAGUUUAGCUCUGUAAUUCUGCAACGAGCUAAAGGCGGGGGAUCUUUCUUCUAAAAUCUGCAGAGCUUUUCUUGUUUUAGUGACCAUGGUUUGGGGUCUAGCUACACGCACGACUCUUGAUGCAUUUUCUUUGUACCAAGAUCCGUGCCUGGUGGAGUGGAAGAUCAUCAGACGGUCGAGAAACUGUUCAGACAGCAGCUGUUUGACUAGAUGGACUUCGAUUGACCAUCGACGACCCCUUCUAGUUGGAGUCAUCAUUUGGUGUCAAGGAGGAGGUAUCACAUGAUAAUUCCCGCCGACGACGACUGGGAUAAGCCCCUGCACAAAGACGCCUGUCUUCUCCAUAACCACCUCCUCCACGGCCUCCUUCACUGUAACGGCUUCGGCCAUCUCCUCUGCAUCAACGGCCGUGAAGGAGGCUCAAAGUUCAUCUCCGGCCACCAAUUCAUGGACCUUUGGGAUCGCCUCUGCACUUCCCUCCGCGUCCGGGAGGUGACGGUGGUGGACACAGCUCGAAAGAAAUCAAUCGACCUCAGGCUUCUUCUCGGAGUUGCAUAUGGCUCCCCCUGGUUCAGCCGCUGGGCCUACCGGUACCGAAUGGGAAGCUUUGGCGUGACAGAGGAAGCUUACUCCCAGGGGCUGGAACAGCUCUCGUCUCUCCCACUGGACAAGCUUGUCGGUUGUAGCUCGGAAGUCAGCCGAAUCAUCGCCGUCCACAACAGGCUUCGCUGGUCCAACCAGUUUGAGCCCUUUGCAGGGCCAGCCAAUGUACGAGAUCUUCUACGGUACCUCCUCAGCCUCAAAAACCAGCCGGCCAUGCCACCCCACAAUCCUCCUCCUCCUCCUCCGCCGCCGCCGCCGCCGUCGCUAUCCAGACAGCAGACAAAAAGAUCAGCUGCAGUGGAAAAGCGGAAGCGAUGCCGAGAUUUUGACACGGUGGCUGCAGAUCUAGAGAGCCGGUGGCCUGUCAGGAGGCUUCGCGUAGCCGCGGAGGUGAUUGUGGAUGUCCUACUGGAACACGGCUGGAUGACACGACAGGAAGUCCGCGAUGCCGCGCGCCUCACCAUUGGCGACACAGGACUCCUCGAUUUCGUACUGAAAUCGCUCGGCAACUGUAUCGUCGGCCGCCACGUCGUGCGCCGAACUUCCAACCCGACCACCCGCGUGCUUGAGUUCCGCUUAGAGGAAAUUUCCGACGCCGGUGGAGGGGUGGAGGAAUCACCGAUGACGGCAUUGUUGGGUGCGGGGCAUGUCAAGCGAGAACUGGAGGUGGUUUGUCAGGCCCUGGUGUCGUCUAAGCCGGAAGCUGCGCGGGCCGUUCUGGAUGGUAAGCAUUGGAUCAAAAUAUUCCCGCUAGUGGACGACAACGACGACCGGCUUAGAUUUAUGGUCCAGUGGAUGCCGAGCGCGAGGGAGAUGAAGAAGCUCACGCGGCCCCUUAUGCCACCGGAGGUUGUGGUAGUUGAGGCACACGCAUCGAUUGGGGAUUUGCGAAGGGAAGCGGAGAAAGCUACGAGGGAAACCUAUUGCAUGAUGGAGGGAUUCAGUUUGCGGAGGUUGGACGGGGUGGAAGGUGAGGAAUGGGAUCCGGUGAUGGUUGGUGGUGCUGAAUCGGGUUCGGUCAUUAAUGUGAGCGGGGAGGGGGUGGAUUUGGAAUGCGAGCUUCGGUACGAGGGUGGAGCGGAUUCUUGGGCGGUGGGCUGCUCGUGCGGCGCUCGGGAUGAUGAUGGGGAACGGAUGGUGGCGUGUGAUAGCUGCGAUGUGUGGCAUCACACGCGCUGCAUCGGCAUAUCUGAUGACCAGCCAGUGCCGCCACUGUUCCUGUGCUCGUGUUGCGGAUCUUCCAUCCUCGGCGCAGCUGCUAGCUUCGAAGACGCGUUUGAUCUGCCCUGGUUGUAGGGGAAGAUGAUUCGGAUACAGCUACGUCGAUCGGCAGUGUUGUUACUUUUUU